CUGGGAGUUUGCGGGGCGGGUGCUGGGGACCCAGGGGCCAGGUGAAGGGCCCAGGACUAACAGGGACCGCCCUUGCCAAGGUUUUGCCCUCAGAGGAGGCUAAACACUGCCAAACAGGCCCAGCCUAGGCCCUGGCCCCUGACCGUGUGGCCUAGAGCAGGACUGUGGCUUCAGAAGCCCUUCCUAACCUAUGACCUUCGCCUCCCACUGUCCCCCACCCCUGGACACCCUUUUGGGCAGUCUUGUGCCCCAGGAACCUGGGCUUGGCUGGGCUGACGCGGGGGCUUAGGCAGAAGAAGUUUGGACCCUUGUGCAUUCCGUAGCCAGGCACUGGGCAAGAGCUUUGCGGACAUGGACAUGUUCCAGAAGGUGGAGAAGAUCGGAGAGGGCACCUAUGGGGUGGUUUAUAAGGCCAAGAACAGGGAGACUGGGCAGCUCGUGGCACUCAAGAAGAUCAGGCUGGAUUUGGAAACUGAGGGGGUUCCCAGCACUGCCAUCAGGGAGAUCUCCCUGCUCAAAGAACUGAAGCACCCCAACAUCGUCAGGCUGCUGGAUGUGGUGCACAGGGAGAAGAAGCUGUACCUGGUGUUUGAGUUCCUCAGCCAGGACCUGAAGAAGUACAUGGACUCCACGCCAGCCUCAGAGCUCCCCCUGCACUUAGUUAAGGUGCCGAGGGAAAGACAGAGGGCCAGGGCCACCAUCCCCCUCCCCCUGUCCUGCACCAGCCACCUAGGCUCAGCUGGCUUCUCCUGCUCCUUUCUGCAGAGCUACCUCUUCCAGCUCCUGCAGGGAGUGAAUUUCUGCCACUCUCAUCGGGUCAUCCACCGAGACCUGAAGCCCCAGAAUCUGCUCAUCAACGAGUUUGGAGCCAUCAAGCUGGCUGACUUUGGAUUGGCUCGGGCCUUCGGGGUGCCCCUGCGCACCUACACCCACGAGGUGGUGACACUGUGGUAUCGUGCCCCCGAGAUCCUCUUGGGCAGCAAGUUUUAUUCCACAGCUGUGGAUGUCUGGAGCAUUGGUUGCAUCUUUGCAGAGAUGGUGACUCGUAAAGCACUGUUUCCUGGUGAUUCUGAAAUUGACCAACUAUUUCGUAUCUUUCGCACCCUGGGGACACCCAGUGAAGCCACAUGGCCAGGAGUCACCCAGCUGCCUGACUAUAAGGGCAGCUUCCCCAAGUGGACCAGGAAGGGGCUGGAGGAGAUUGUGCCUAAUCUGGAGCCCGAGGGCAAGGAUCUGCUCACGAAACUCCUGCAGUAUGACCCCAGCAGGAGGAUCUCAGCCAAGGCAGCCCUGGCGCAUCCCUACUUCUUGUCCACGGAGUCCUCCCCGACCCCCCAGUGUGUGCUGGAGCAUUUCUGCCGCUGAGCGCAUGCGCCCUCUCUCUGCCUCUCACUCACUCCCCAGGGAGAACAAGCCUGGGGAGAGGAAAGCUCUGAGGAAUUUUGCAUCAGCCAUCAGAGAGCUGAGUUUGGGUUAGUCCUGCCAGCAGGUUAGCAAGUCCCUGUGUUGUUUGUUGGGUUUGACAGUCCUUUUCAAAAUAGGGGUGCAGAUGCUCCACGCAGAGUGGGAUAGGUUAGCUCCCCAGUCCCCCGGCACUGGAAUGACAGGUGCCAAGUUGCGAGCGGGAGGCUUGCCCAGGGCUGUGGCCGUGGGCCCCAGGGGCCCUCCAGGCCCUUCACCUGACCUGGUUGCAGCUGCAGAACCAGCACCCCGGCUCAUCUGGAGGAAAGGUGCCCCCUGCUGGUGUUUUUGGAUUUCGAGUGUUUGCAGGAAGAUUUGAGUUCCAUUUUGGAAUCCCAAGUUAAACCGGAGGGGGUGAGAGAGGGAGAGGGGCUGUAUCCUGAUCCCCAAAGAGGUUGGGACACAGUGUAGCUGUCACUUCACCGAAGAUAUUGAAGUUGGUUUUCUUCUGCUUGACGAGUGUGAAAUAAAUGACACAUUCCUAUG